CUGGAAUGGGUGACCGCCGGCGCUGGCCUCUCCUCCGCGCCGACAGGUGGCGCUGUGGCCAGACGCGGCCGUACGGUCCGCGCGGCGCCGCUCUCUGGGCGGGGUGGGGCAUCGACAGAAGGUCCCGUGAGCGCCCGCUUCGGCCGCUCCGCUGGCCUGGUCUCUCUCGGCGUCUCACGGUCCGCUCAGCCCAGCACCAUGGGGAAGCGGGACAACCGGGUGCAGUUUUAGGUUCACAGCAAGAUGGAGCAGAAAGUAGAGUUCCAUAUACUCCCUGUGCCAACAUGUACACAGCCUCCCCCAUUAUCAACAUCCUGCUCCAGGCCUAUAUGAACCCAAUAGCAAUGGCCAGAUCAAGGGGUCCAGUCCAGUCUUCAGGGCCAACAAUCCAAGAUUAUCUGAAUCGACCAAGGCCUACAUGGGAAGAAGUGAAAGAACAACUAGAAAAGAAAAAGAAAGGCUCCAAGGCAUUGGCUGAAUUUGAAGAAAAAAUGAAUGAGAACUGGAAGAAAGAACUAGAAAAACACAGGGAGAAAUUAUUAAGUGGAAGUGAGAGCUCAUCCAAAAAAAGACAGAGAAAGAAAAAAGAAAAGAAGAAAUCUGGUAGGUAUUCAUCUUCUUCUUCAUCAAGCUCUGAUUCUUCCAGCAGUUCUUCAGAUUCUGAAGAUGAGGAUAAGAAACAAGGAAAAAGGAAAAAGAAAAAGAAGAACCGUUCACAUAAAUCUUCUGAAAGCUCCAUGUCAGAGACUGAAUCAGACAGUAAGGAUAGUUUAAAAAAGAAAAAGAAGUCAAAGGAUGCAAGUGAGAAAGAAAAGGACAUUAAGGGACUCAGCAAAAAGAGAAAGAUGUAUCCUGAAGAUAAACCUUUAUCAUCUGAGUCUUUGUCAGAGUCAGAUUAUAUUGAGGAGGUACGGGCAAAAAAGAAGAAAAGCAGUGAAGACAGAGAAAAAACAACAGAAAAGACAAAGAAGAAAAAGAAGCAUAAGAAACACAGUAAGAAAAAGAAAAAGAAGGCUGCUAGUUCAAGUCCUGACUCACCAUGAAAGGCAAAAUCAGGAUUCCCUUAUAAAGAAAGUGCAAUGUCUGAGGAGAUCUCAACUGUGAAAAUAAUGGCAUAUUUACUAAAAUGCAUGACCUUUGUUGUUUCUAGAAUUAUUCCUGGAUUGUUAGGUAGCCACUCACAUGCCGCUGUGUGAAAGGGCCAUAAGAGUUGCCUGCUCCUUGAACAUCUGUCUUUGUUCUCUUCCAUUGCUUAAUAACUCUGGGAGAUAAUGCACUGCAGUUGUACUAGUGGUUGAUAUUUGGGAAUAAAGUUAAUAUUUUUGACUAGAAGUAUCUAAUGAUAAAUCAACAGACAUUGAGUCUGGAUACAUCAUUAAGGUAUAAACAGAAAUGACCAGAUGACUCUAGUUAAUGUUUUUGAAGUAGGGAUUACAUUGAUAUUUUAAAAUCCUUACUCUGUAGAUAAGUGUAUUUUAAUGUUUUCCCCUUGUAUACUUUUAUUUACUUGGGGAAGGAGCUUUUAAGGGUGGGGGGUGGUUUGCUAUUUCUUUAGCUAGCAGAAUAGCGUGCCUUUUAUCCUCACACAUCCUAUUUUUGCGGACACAGUAGCCAUGCUUCAUGAGGAGGAUAGAGCUGGGUAUGGCAGUCUUGCGCUUUACUGAGCUUAGUAACAUCCUUGGUCUGUCAUAUGCUGCUUUGAGUGAAUCAGAGAAGCAGCCUUUUGCAGCACGAGAAAGCCCCAGAAGCUCUGGAAUUUACCUCCACUUCAAUAAUACUGAAUGAUUUUUAUUAUUAGAAUGUAUUGUAACAUUUGGAUUAAUUUUGACUACACUUUGGCUUUGGGAAGGAGUCAUUUCCAAUACACACUGGUACUUUUUGAACUUGAUAGCUAAAGAUUCUAAAAUGCAUGUUUUAUACUGUUAAGUUUUAACCAGUCAGGAAUAUUUUAUGUAACCAGUGAUAGCUAUUUUUUGUAUGAAUUUUGGUUAGGCUGUAAAGUUUAGCUUUUAUCAACUUUUUAUUCUUGCUAUCUUUAAUUCCUUACUGCAUUUAAUGGCAUUCUUGCCAAAAUAUUAGCAUGUGAAAAGCAGAAUUUAGAUUUGGUUUGGUUGGUUUUGUGUGUAACAGCUUCAUAUUGAAGCUGAGACUUACCAUAUACAAGUUGAGUGGCAGGCCUGGUAAUGCUGUGUCUUGUUACAUAAAGCUCUUGCCAGAAUCUUAGUAAAUAUAAUGUUUUAAAAGUUUGUCUUUGUAUAUUCAUAAAAAAUAUGACAAGUUAAACUUAAGUGAGAAUUACAUUAUUGCUCUUUCUGUGUCAUUUUACUAAGAUUUUGUGCCUCGUAACUCCUGCUGAAUUGUUUACUAGUUAUGUUAAAAGGAACUGAUAAAGUCAUUUUCACUUUACAUUUUUAUAUAAUCGGGUAAUAUGAAAUAUAAUUUGAUGUAUAAUUUUGCCUGUGUGCUAAUUACAGUGGUAUAUGCACAAAACAUUUUGGCAUGACAAGAGGCUGAAUAAAUAGCUAUUUUACUUAAAAAUAGCCUUGUUCUAUCAG